CCCCGGUUCCUCCGUCUUCUCCAUCAAAGACGUUUAGGGCCGGGGCGGUGGAAAUGUAACACUUUUUUUUUUUCUUGGGUUGCUGACAAAACUCGGGCCCGAAGGGAGGGAACUGGGCUCACCGAGGUGUAGCUCACCGGGAACGCGAUGACGUGAUUGGACCAGAGGAUUUCAACACACAAUUUCCCGUCUCAACUCAACAACCCGUCUAUGCUUGGUCAUAUUGACUCACCAACCUAGCCUCGACUUUCUUACCUACUUUACCCAGGGAAGAUAGCUUUGAGCUUGGCUUAUCCCCACACUCUCAUUUGUACUCAAUACUGUAGAUCUUCCGGCAAUAAUGGUCCACGCCGACGCCUCAAACUUCGCCAAUGGCGUGACAAAGGAGGAGGCUUACGAGCAGGUCCUCAUGCAAGCCGAAGGUCUCCUCGACGGUCAAAGGAACUGGGUCGCCAACCUCGCAAACACAGCCUCCCUCCUCUGGCACGCAUACCACUCCCUGCCCGCCCCCUCAAACGCAGUAAACUGGGCAGGUUUCUGUCCUCGACCCAGCCUCCUCUUCUUCUUCUUCCACCACCACCAAGCAAUCCUCAUCCUAGGCCCCUUCAUGGGCAAAGUCGCCUGCCAACAAAUCCCCUUUGGCCGCGGCGUCUGCGGCGCCGCCGCCGCCACGCGCCAGACCCAGCUCGUGGCCGACGUCGACGCCUUCCCGGGGCACAUUGCGUGUGACGGGGAUAGCAAGAGCGAGGUCGUGGUGCCCAUCGUUAUCAAGGACAAGGAGGGGGAAGAGAAGCUGGUGGCGAUUAUCGACGUGGAUUGCGCGGAGAGGGAUGGGUUCGAUGAGGUUGAUCGGGUUUGGUUGGAGAGGCUUGCUGGGUUGCUUGCAGGAGGAUGUAAUUGGUAGGGGGUGAAGAUGGAGAUAUAGAGUGAAGAUAGGAUGAGGAGUGAGUUGAAGGUAGGAUGAAGAGGGAGUUGAAGAUGAGGAUGAAGAUCAGAAGAUGGGAUGAAGAGGGUGGUGAGAGGGUGAAAGAAGGGAAGUGAUGAGUUGGGGCGGGAGUCUCAUGGGAUCAAAAGAGAGUAACGGAAAUCGUCUACGGAUGAGAGAGAGAGAGAGAGAGAGAG